AUGACCACCACCGCGCCGCCGGCCUGCCCGUCGACCUCCACGCCGUCGUUUGGAAGCAGACUGCGCCGUCUGAGCCAGCGACGGCCGCAGACACACGCCCCCAGCACCGUCCCGGGCCCUUCAGCGUCCAGCAACCACCGUUCGUAUCGCAAGCGGCUUAGCUGGGUCGUCGGCCGGGGCUCUUCGCAUCUUCCUGCAGCCCCAGAAGGAGAGGAGGACGGCGCACCACACCAUCACCACGACGACCAACACCAACACCUCAACCUCACCGACGUCGACCACGACCACGACCACGACCGUAAUAACAGCCACAGCAACGGCCAGUCGCAAGAAAACUCCGACCUGCUGCACGCGGAGCUCGACCGCAGUGCCUCGGCAGAGCUCGAGUCCUCGUCGCAGCGGUACAGCGUCUUCAGUCGCUCCGACGCUGAGAGCAGCGAGUCCUCGACGUCGGAGGACGGGCCAGAGCAGCUCGCGGACGCUGGCUUACGGUCUCGCAGACAGCAGACCUCUGCCUCGCAGGAUACCACAAGCUACACCAUGGCCCAGGCCCUGAACAUGGCCUCCGUCGCUGUCGGCGCGGCCGCUUCUUCGCCCGUCUCUCCCACAGCUGCCGUCGCCGCUGCAGAGACUGGCAGAGCUCCAGGCCAGCCGACUGCUUCUACGGCCCAUCCUACGUCCCAGAACGGUCUCUCUUCGCCGGCAGCAGGAGAGUCAACAGAGAUGUCUACGCCUGAAGCAAACUCGCCCGGCCAGCAGCAGCACCAGGAGCAGCAGUCCAUCAUCCGCUUCUUCGCCUAUCAAGACCCCCACCAGAACUCCCGGCCCUCCCUCCCCUUCGCUCCCAUGACACGGACCAUCACAGACGAAUCCACGAUUAUUAAAGUAGGUCGGUACUCCGAGCGUGAAGGCAUACCCCCUGAAGGUGCCGCGGGGUCAUCCUCGGCCCCUGUUGGUUUCAAGUCCAAGGUUGUCAGCCGAAAACACUGCGAGUUCUCCUUCAUCGGCGGCCAGUGGCACAUCAAGGAUGUUGGGAGCUCCUCAGGCACAUUUCUCAACCACAUGCGUCUCAGCCAGCCUAAUGUGCCAUCGAGACAGUACGCCGUGCGGGAUGGCGAUAUUGUACAGCUAGGGAUUGAUUUUAGAGGCGGCGAAGAGCUCAUUUUUAGAUGCGUGCGCAUUCGUAUAGAGUGCAACCGGAUGUGGCAGCAGAGAGCGAACCAGUUUAAUAAAAACACCGAAGCUCUUAUAACCAAUCUUGGAAAGGGCUCUAUGGAUGCUACAGACUAUGAAGGUUGCAGGGAAUGCUCCAUAUGUCUCGGAUCUGUCUUGGUGAGUUUACCUGUUUAUAUUUGGCCUUUUUUUAUACCUACAUUCCAUCUAACCAGUUUACAGCGUCCAUACCAAUGCCUGUUCAUGGCUGCCUGUGCUCAUGUCUGGCACUACAAAUGCAUCCGCCGGCUGAUACAUUCCCCUGAAUACCCCAUGUUCCAAUGUCCAAACUGUCGGGCGUACACCGAUUUAAACGCUGAAGUAGACGACUCAAACGACCCAUACGAAGAUAAAAUCCAUCCUUCCCCUAAUACACAGCAGCAACAGCAACAACCUCAACAACCUCAACAACCUCAACCACCGCAACCGCAACCGCAACCGCAACAUCUCCCGCCUCAGGCCCCCGAAAACAACACAUCCGAUACCAACACUUCUAGAACACAUACCGCCAACAACUCAAAUUCAGCUCCACCUAUUAUCUAUACCCACACAGAAACAGACGGAACCCUUGCUACUGCUACUGGAAACAUGACCCUAGAGUCUGACCCUGAACCGGAACCGGAACCUGAACACGAGUAA